AUGAGGAGAUGGCAUGGGGUGAUCUCAUCGAUUUCUCGCUAUCAUUCGAUCAUCUUCCUCCUCUCGCUAACAAUCACCCUCUUCUUGUGGAUCGAUCGCGGUGAUCAAUCAGAUUAUCCAAAAGUAAUCCCGCAUGGAAUGCGUUUGGCUGAGAAAAGUGAUCGACGCAUUUUGGCUGCUCAACUGAUAGCGUGCGACACGACAACUGGUGGUGGAGUGGGCAAUGUUGUCUUUGAGCUGAUUGCUUUUCAAGAGAUCGCCAGGAAAUUGUAUAGAUCCCCAGCAAUCUACUCGGACAGUUCGACAUGUUUGGAGAAAAUCGCUACUUUUGUCGAGCACAUGCCGCACUUGGUCGACGGAUUUCUGAUCGUUAAAAGACCCCGUUUCAUCCCGUAUCCCUCAAAAUACCCAGCCCAUGAAUGCUUUGAUUAUUUCGAUCCAAUUUCAACAUUUCAAUCAGUUCAACACCAUCGAAUUGUCAACACUCAGUUUAAUUAUUUACAGAAUGUGAGAUUCAUCGAUGAGCUGAUGGGAUCAGCCGAGUUGCAGAGACGCCUCGCUUUCUCCAAUCAACUACUCGAUGUGGCCAAGUCGAGCGUUUAUCCCGAGAAAAUCGAUGAACAAACGCAUAAUAUUUGUGUUCACGUGCGUCGCGGUGACUUCAUGAAAGAGAAAUUCCAUCUCGAAUCUGAAGCCGAUUUCACUGUUGAUGCCACAAAAUAUUUGAUUCGAAAAAUGCACAAACGGGGGAUCUCACAGGUACGAGUGUUCAUCCUUGGACAAGAUGCUGCUUGGGCGAGGCAGAUUUUCGCGAAAGCAAGUCUUCGACGUAAAAUCAAUCUCACAGUCAUCCACUCUCCAUCGUAUCUUCCAUCAAUGAUCGAUUGGGCCUUUGCAAAGCUCUAUUGUGAUACAACUUUGUUAACUGAUCGAGUCCCGACAUCUCCGACGCACACGGAAGGACUUUCGACCUUCUUUACACAAUUC